AUGGCUAGCAUUCUCCAACCCAAAUCCCAGACAACGGUCUUUCUAGACCAGCCGCCCAGCUGUCUCGAAUUCUGCCCGGAGAUCCGUGACCACUUCGUGGUGGGCACUUACCUCCUAUCCGAGACCAAGAAUGAGAGUGGAGACAUCCAACAGACCAAAACCGGAAGCUUGCAGUUAUGGAAAUUAGACCCGAACACCAAUGCACUAUCCUUGGUGCAUAGACUGGCACUCCCCUAUGCAGUCUUUGAUCUCCACUUUCACCCAAGGGAGAAAAACAAGUUUGCCAUCGUGGGAAGCACAGGGCUAGCAGCCUUGUUCACCGUCCCUGAGGAUCCCACGCCAGCCAUAACUCAGAUCUGGGAGAAGCAGAUCCAUGAAGAUACCUCAAUUCCAGCCCUGUUUUUGGCUUGGGCCCCUCAGGGUUGGUUCCCUCGACCGGCAUCUGAUGGCUUUGCUGUUACUUUCUCGGAUAGCCGGACGACUGUCUUUGGCACUGAUGGAAAUAUCACGGACCAAAGUGGGAUUGAGGAAUGGGGGUCGUUUGAAGCUCGUCAAAUGAUCGAGGUCUGGUUUGUUGCGCUGGCUGCAAUCAAACAAGUCCCUGAUACAAGCGAGGACAUUGAGACGACUAUUCCUUUCAUGCUGACUGGUAAUGACUUUGGGUCACUACAUUCCCGUCUCUUUGAAAACCAUUGCGGUCAGCCGAAUUAUGAUGAUGAUGAGCCGCUCGGUUCUGUGAUAGUUGAAUAUGAUGAUCGGGCUCGUCAUCACACGGCUGGUGUAACAGCUAUCUUACCCCUUGAUAUUCCGACGGUAGAAAACGCGCCCAUUAUGCUAACAGGGAGCUAUGACGAAGGUCUGCGCGUGUACCAUGCUACUUCUCGAGGCAAGGUCCUCGCAGAGCAGGGCCUGGGUGGUGGGGUGUGGCGGCUGCAGUUACUAUCAACAACAGAAUCCCCUGGGUCGGAUGAAGGCUUGGAGCGGCAUUUUGUUGUCCUUGCGAGCUGUAUGCAUGCUGGAACAAGAGUUGUACGAGUCACCCAGAAAGAGCAGGGACAGGGUCCAGCGGAAUGGGAUAUUCAAGUUCUGGCGGAGUUUACAGAGCAUGAGAGUAUGAAUUAUGCCAGUGAUGUGUGGAAGGGCGCGUCGGAAUAUUCGGAUGCAUUGCAGGCAUCGUCCGAGUUACUUUGUGUGUCAAGUAGCUUCUAUGAUCGUCGGCUUUGUGUCUGGCGGGUCAAUGUAUAG